AUGGCAACCUCCAUUGUGGCCCCCAAGCGGCCAUUUGUCACCCUGCCAUUCCUGCUCCCUUCCUGGACAGAUGCUCUCGCUUUAGGGUCCCGGCGCCAUCAGUCUUCUUACCGCCGUACCAAGCAACGUCUUCGUGUCAAGCCGGAUGCUUCCUUUGGCCCUUCACACCAGAGCCACGAUCAAAUCAUCUACAAUCCACCUUCUAGUGCUCCCUCGGUUUAUCAUACUCCCAACAAAUUUCUACCUCUCAAUGAUGCCCGGAGAACGAUGCGCCCUGAAAGCCCUGCAAAUGUCAAUGCUAGCGAUCUCCCCAACGUGCACAAAAUCAAUGAUGAGGCCAAGUACCAUCUGACCCCCUCCGACAUUGAAGAAAUCCGCAAACUCCGAUUGAGUGACCCGAUGACGUGGAGCCGACACAAGUUGGCCAAGCGGUUUGAGUGCUCGCCACUCUUUAUUGCCAUUGUCUGUGAAGCCAGUCCCGAGAAGAAGCAGAUCCAGAAGCAAGUACUAGAAGCGGUGCAAUCACGAUGGGGGCCGAAGCGACGCAUGGCCAGGGAGGACCGACAGCUCCGCCGGGAGGCAUGGGGCCGUGAUGAGUGA